CAAGUUAAUACCAGCCGCGCCUUCGGCUCACACAACGCAAACGGCUUCAAGUUACCGUUCUUAUCAUCAACCAGUUCUACUAGCCAUCGGUAAAAUGCCGAGAACUCGCAGAACAACUGCAGCACACGGAACAACUUCAACAUCGGGAUCGACGUCCCGUCGCGCACGAUCUCCAGCAACAACUCCGGAGUAAGUAAACAGAGCAAUUGCAUUAUAAUGCAAAAGAAGAGACUCCUCAAGAUGGACUUUUUUAUGUUAUUUUCCUUCUGAUGUAAUCACAAAAGUUCAUAUUUUUUCUUCUGACUUCUCUCAUGUGCGGUAAACAUUGCUUGGUGUUUAUCGUGCGAAGACGUGUGGAGAGAUUUUUUCACGCUCUCGAAAUUUCCUUUCGUUUCCCCAUACCCGCUUGAUUGCUCUUGUUGACUCGCUGGUGAGUCAUCAUAUCUUGUUUGCUAUGUUGACUCGCAGGCGAAUUAGCACAUUCUUUCACAGGUUUCCGUCUAUUGACAGUUGGAAAUCUUGCGUGCGAUUUUUCGGCGCGCUAUUUUAAGGUGACUUCGCUGCAACAGCAUGGCUUCCUUCGUUCGACCAGACAGACGAUAAGCCUUGUCUAUUGAACCUGUAGACAAAUAAUAGAGAAAUAGAGGCGCUUCGGUCGCUUGCAAUUAUCCUUCUUUGCAUAUUUACAGCAUCAAUCAAUUUUAAUAGAGAGCUUUGGAUAAGAAAAAUGCGCGCGCAUAAGAGAAGAAAUUAAAGAAAGAACUCGAAUACUGCAGUAAACAAAGAUUUUAACCAAAUAUUGACCCGUGGAACAAAAGCGAUUUGAAUACGGUUGUUUUUUUGUAUUUUUGUCUCGCCCACGCGGGACAGUGUUUGUCAGCAUUGCUUCAGAACUAACACCGAGUCAUGCAAGUCAAUGGAUUUUGCGGGAAACCUUUUGGUAAAGUUAAAGGGAAGUUUUUUAAUUUAUCAUGUUUUAAGGAGUCAAAAAUUUUUAAUCUUCUGUCCUUGGAUUAACUAAUAAACGGUUAUUAGAGCAUCAAUCUGGAAUUAGCUAGCGUGACGAGCGUCAGCAUUCCCGUGGUGUUCACGGAAAAAGAAAAAUCUCGAAUCGAGUCACACGAAAUUUGGUCUGUCUGUAUAUGCCGCCACUGCAUCGAUAGUGUAGGCUGUCUAAACGUUGGCACAUGUUGAUUCUGCGGAACUUGGGUACUCACAACACGUAAUCAACAUACUAUAAAUAUGUUAACAAAUAUCAUUUACAAAGCGUUAAAGAUCUAAAUUCUAAAUGCGUCCUUUGGGAUUUUUUCUCCACUGCAAUCAAUUCUCCAGCACAGCGAAUGGUUUUGUGAUUGAUUGCACUGAUUGACUGGCAAAAAUGGCACAGUUUUGGUUUAAUCUCUCAUCUGUUUGGUCUAGGCAAAUAUUAAUAUGUAAAACUCAGUGUGUUACAAAAUUCCACAAAAGUGCAAAUGAUCGUGAAAGAUGAUCGCGGAAAGCGAUUGCGUGACACUUAGUAAGUUGUCAGAUAACAUGUUACCACUUACAGUUAAAGUUCUCAGUCUGCAUUUUGUACUCAAUAUGCAGUCCGCAUUUUGUACCUAGACUGCAUCUUGUUCUCAGUUCGCAGUCUCUAAUCUGCAGUCUGCGUUUUGUACUGAGCGAUCUCAUUUUCCCUCCUUUCACAGACCCAAGCGACGAAAAAAUGACCAAGAACUUGUACAAGACUUGCCGUAAGUUACAUCCUCUAGUUUUAAUGUCCUUGACUUUUGUCAGAUUAAUUUUGUUCGAUCAAUUGUUUGUUUGUUCUUUAAUCUAUAAACGCAAGCAAGGCAUAAACAAAAAUGGCUCUCAAUACAGCGAAUAAAAUAUAGACGACAAAAAAACUACACAGUAGUACUGCUUCACAGAAUAGGAACAUUUAUAUCCCUUUGCCUUGCUUUGAUGCUGAUCAAUGUUAUUUUGAAUUAUUUUUUCCACGAAUUUAAAUACGCGUCAUCAGCACUAAUACUAUACUUUCACUGUGGACAGAAGCAAUUGCGGAUGAACAAGUACGCUCUUUAAGAAGUAGCAAAAGACUGAUCAAAAUGCAAGGUAAUUUGGUUUAUCAACUGGGUUGAUGAUGUGAAUAGGCCACCAUAAAGAUAUUCUAAAGCUGGCGUUUCGAGUGUUCCGUAUACUCUCUUUAGAAUCUCCUCAUGGUGGCCAAUUCAGUGUCAACUACGAUGAUAAUGCCAAAUUAUCUUUUAAAUACCCCACUCCACACCCUAUCCGGCUACGAACGCAGCACCACAAACAGUUUCUUUACAAACUAACCCCCCUUGAUAUUAGAAGUAUUCCCUGCACUAACUUAAAUCAAAAUGAAUUACCCCUGGAUUUACUCCACACAUUUACUAUAGAGCGCAUUUUAAUUUGUAGGGACUCGAGAAGCCACGCUAAGGCCAAAAUGGGUGAGGGUUUGGAGGGAAGGACAAAGCUGACAAGUGACGAAAAGUUCAAGGCUUUGAACAAAGCUUUAAGGGUCGACAAGAAGAAGCCACCAGGUAGGCAAAAAAUGGUUUGCACGGCAAUCUUUAGAAUUAGAAUUCUGCUGAUGUAUGCCGAACAUUUUUGAAAUUUUUUACAUACAAACCGAAACCUUGACAGUAUGAGGACUAAUAACUGACUGACGUGCUUUAUGUAGUCGGGUUAACAAUUGAUUGACAGAGCUUCUUCUUGUUUUUCGGAUCUAAUUUGUAACGGAGGCUGCUUAAGUCGUAAUAGUAUUAUCAGCUGUUGAUAUCGGUUUUCGUUUAACAGUGCAGAAGGAAAUCAACAGCUGCAAGGUAACGUAAUAAAAAAAACUUGAAGGUAAAAAUAAAAAACCAGCAGUUUAAACAUUUCCUAUGCGAGUUUUUGAACCCAAGGCUACGAGCAGUCCCUCCAUUUUAGAGAAUUCCGUCACGCGAGAAAAAAAAUCGAUGUUAACGCACCGCGCAGAGAUCUGGGAGCGAGGCUGCUCAACGAAGUCUAGCUGCACCUAGGUAAUCCAGGAUAGGUAACAACUUAUAGAUGUUAGCAGAUGACUGUUAUUCCUCAUAACCUACAAAAAAUUGUAAAAAAUUCUGCUCUUGUUUUUCAUUUUUUUCGCGUGGCACAGUUCGCCGUUCUUCGCCCUAUUAUGCAUGCUUAGAGUUAAGUCGUCUUGAAACAGACACCCUUUCACCACCGACAAGAUAGCGGCUAUACCUCUUAACAGUAUAGAAAUUGAUGCUUACAAAAUAUUGUCUCUUAGCAUCCCAGUUGAAGCCAGAGGAAGUGGAUUUCCACAUAACGGACAACAGACUUGCCCACAAAACGGAUGACUACGAGGCAGAACAGUUGAUCAUCAGAAGGGGACAGAUAUUUGACGUCACUGUUACCUUUAACAGAGAAUACAUACCUGACACUGAUAUUGUUGUACUGCAGUUUGUGAUAGGUUGGUAAUUAAAGGAACUUCAUGCACAUUAUGGUGUUUUUAUUUUCAUUUUUAAAUCAGUUGCCAAGGAUUGCGGAUUUUACUCUUACUGUAAAGUGAACGAGGUAGACAAACCGUGGAAAAAACCACCCUAAAUUGAACGUAAGAUCUCAAUGGGGUAAACCGUUAGCCUUACCGUUACUCAUUUUCGGUCUGAUUUCUUGUAUUAAUGGCAUCUUUAGGUAGUCGUCCUCAAGAAAGCAAGGGCUCCAUUGUCCGAGUCGCUAUACAUGAGAUCCUCAACCCUGUCACGUGGGGAAUGAAAAUAAAGCAGAUAAGUGGAAAAACUCUUCAUCUGACUGUUAUGCCUUCUGCUAAGGCUCUUAUUGGUCAGUAUGAAGUAUUCGUGGAGACAAAAAUGGCCGAUGACAAGAAAUCAGUGUUUAGAUACAAGGAUGACGACAAAGUCUGCGUCUUGUUUAAUGCCUGGUGCAAAGGUAAAUAUAACACGCAUACUGAAUGUAAAGUGAAAUACAAAAGUACCGAAAUCUUUGUUUAUUUUUUUGUCUUUUUGUUCCUUUUUUUAUUUUUAUCGUUGCUUCUUUCUUUGUCUCUUUCUUUUUGCUCCCUCUUUCGUUUUCUUUUUGCCUCACUUCUAAGUUUAUUUUUAUCUCUAAUGUCCACGUGUUUGUUCAUCUUCUCUGUAAGUAAAAUUGGCUCGCUGCUCCCACUUUUGUUGAAAUAACGGUUAAUUUCUGCUCCGCUAUUUCGGUGCAAUAAGUAAUUGUAAUUAUGAAUUUGCUGCUAGUGGUUUCCCAUCCCAUCUUCUUGUCAUCAUUUUUUUGACAGAGGACUCCGUGUACAUGGAGAGUGAAGCUGAUCGUGAGGAAUAUGUGUUAAAUGACUUUGGAUACAUCUGGGUGGGUUCUGCAAAAUGGAACGAAGGACUUCCUUGGACGUUCGGUCAGGUGAAAAAAAUUCAAUUUACUUCAAUUCUCUUUUUCCUCUCUUUAAUUUUUUAUUUCCUCUUUUUUCCCCUCUUUUCCCAAAAGAAGUGUGUCUUUACAUGAAUAGAUACAUCGUUAAUGAUUAACCAGCUUAUCUAUUUAUCUCUUUAUUUAUUUGUUUAUUCUUAACAAUAUGACAGUCCAAUAUAAAUAAAGACAUUUAUGUCAGCCCUCCGCUCGAUUAGUUUACAACUAUUCUUAAGUGAUUUUUAUUUUUGUUAUUGAUUUUUUUUGCCUAAUUGCUAUUAACUCGUGUUUUCAUUUACAUGUACUCUGCUGUCCUUAUGACAAGUAAAUAGUUUGUUUCUGAGAAAGGACUAAGCCUCGAUAUUUCUUUUUCCAGUUUGAAGACAUCUCACUAGAAUGUGCAUUAUGGUUGCUGAACAAAGGGGGACUUUCCGCAACUGCAAGAUCCAGUCCAAUCCACAUUUCACGAAUCAUUUCCGCAAUGGUUAGUACAGCGGUAGCCUCCUACGCAAAUACUAGGCUCGUCACGUCACGCAAUCAUUCCAUGGUGGUAAGGAAUGAUUGCGUGACGUGACGAGCCUAAAAACGUCUGCGUAAGAGGCUAGCUAGUACGGCGGUUACUUUGUAAAUACUUAAAUGGUUUCAGAGCUACCUGGUCGGUUUUCCAGAAGGUGUGGUCAAUAAUUUCCAUAGUAAUAUUUAAAAUACAUCAUACGAUGCUCAAAUCAUUGAGUUGAAGGCAUGUUAUAGACUAUUCACUCCUAUGAGGGACCAAGACAAGAUUCAUCCCCACACUAUUGAUUUAAUGUUAAGCAGACAAGCGAUGACAAUAAAGAAAAAUAUAAAUAAGGAGAUUAGUAGUUGAUCCAAUACUUAAUUCUUCAAACUAACAUCAUAAUAAAUGUACAGCAGACAAUAAGGAGAAUAUCGAGAUGUCAGGAGUUAAAAGGUCAAGUAACUUUGUUAGUUUGUCCAUUAAUCUUUUUAUUCCAGUCAAAAUUUUGCAGCUUACGGUCAUUUGCAACUCGUGAAUAUCUUCUCUAUGCUCGAUCAUCCUUUUUGUUCUUAAUGUAUCCUUAUGCCUGGAGUGUUUUAAAUGCAAGUGAAGUCAUUAUUUAAUGUUUCCUCGCAUUUUUUUUAACCAAUCUGACUUAACCUUUGAUGGCAACGUAAAACAAGUCUAUAUACUGAAUAAAUAUUUUGCUGCCGUUUUGGAAAGUAAAAAAUUAUCCUAAAUUAUCGCACCUUUUGCUCUAAAAACCAAGUCAAAAGCAUAAAUAUUAGGUCGAAAUCUGAUGGUGUCGUGGUUUAUUUUGAAGGCAAACUACAAUGACAGUGAUGGUGGAAUUUUAUUCGGACGAUGGACUGAGACUUACCCCAAGAACUGCACUCCACCAACCGCUUGGACCGGAAGUACAGCCAUUCUGGAAAAAUUCAUGAAAAAGAAGUUUUAUGUAAAGUAUGGCCAAUGCUGGGUGUUCUCGGGACUGGUCACUACAUGUAGGUUGAGCAGGAUUCUGGAUGUUUUGUUUUUUUCUAUGAAAAGAAGUUAGUUUGACGAUAGAAUGAAAGGAUGUACACUUAUUAGACUUAUUAAACCAGUUGCGCAGGUUAUUCCCUUAAUUUCCAAGACUGAUCUAAUGAUAAACUCUCCUCACUAGCUGCUUAACAUUUCCUUGUUAAUUAGUUAGGAGAAUUUGGUGUUAGCCUACGGUAAAAUUUCCAGCUGUUAAUGAACUUUAAGUAUUCUCAUUACCUGUUUGCCGAGUAAUACAUGGAUAUUAUAGGGAGAAUUUACAUGCCAAUCACUUCUGGGAGUCGAGGUGUCAUGGGGCGUUAUAUUGUAUCUUGGCGCGCUGAAGGUCUGUGUGUUGCUAAUGAAUCAAAUAUCUGACCCUGGAAUUUUCAAUGUUGAAAUUUGUUCAUUUUUUUUUUUCAAAGAAAAUUACUUCUAAUGUGCAUACCCUGUUUUUCUUUUUUAAGAAAACUUUUUAAAAUCUUUUCAUCAAUGGAACUCGUUUAAGCAGAAAUGGGUAUCUGCAGUUUAAUUUAGUUUGCCAAAGAGAGAAGAGGAAGGACAAAGAGGAAAAACAAUAGCAACAUCAACAUCAAAAACGACCGGGACCAAAGAUUGUAGAGAAUGGAGAAGACUGACGUAGAUUGAAAUGACGAAGUUAAAAAUUCUAGCUGAAUUUUACGAGACACACUUUGAAGAGCCACACAAGCCUAAAUGGUUGUAUUCGAGUUGGAGAGGAAUUUUACUUAAGUAUGUUAUUUAUUUUGUAGGUGCUUCUCUCUUUAACACAAGUUUGUUUUAUUCUUGCAUUUUCAGUGCUUCGAGCGUUGGGAUUACCCACCCGUAGUGUCACAAACUUUGAAUCCGCGCAUGACACUGACAGUAGCAUGACUAUCGACUUUCAUCAUGAUGAGGAAGGCAAUCCGUUGGAUGAGCUCAAUGAUUCCAUCUGGUAGGUGGAAAAAUUGGGCAAUUUUUACAUCUUGACUCUAAAGUAGACGAUCUUAUCUCGCAAUGUAAGCUUCCCAGUAAUGAGUUGGUAUUGAAUUCUGUACAAAGGUGCAUGGCAGGAAGCGGAUUUAGUUUUUUUCACGAUAAAUGUUUGCCUUCCACGGUACUUUUGAGUACUAAUGAGUACAAGCUUAAAUCGAGAGGUCUGGGUUCGAGCUCUGGCUUGGUUCGUCAUUGUGUCCGUUGUUGGGGCACCACAAUGCCUUCGACCCACGGUCGCCUGCUUACAAAUCAAUUGUUCUACGAAUUUUUCUCGCUAAAUAUCCGUGAAAGAGUUGUCAAUCUGUCUGGCUGUAGCUUGAAACAAGUAAUGAAUUAUAAUAGGAGAAAAAAUCGUAUAAAAUUUCUUAUUUUAGGAAUUUCCAUGUGUGGAACGAAUCAUGGUUCAAGCGACCUGAUUUACCAGAUGGUCACGAUGGAUGGCAGGCGCACGAUGCCACACCCCAAGAGACAAGUGAAGGUAUUUAAGGGUUUUUGUUAUCAUUCCAGGCCUCGAUCGGUAUGGGAACCCUUCUGUAACUUAACUUAUACCUUAUUGCUUCUUUGAAGAGAUGUUCAUUGCUAGAGUCAAUAUUUACACUGGACUUGCCAGUGAAUUUAGGUAUAGGUUCUUUGAGAACCGUCCUGAAAAACGAUUAGCUAUUAAGAAUUUCUUCCUUGUUCUCUGAUAAUCUGCAGUAAGGUAUUCAGUAUGAAGCCUUCGAAUGGAUGCUGCCUUCAGUAAAUUGUCACUGACCCAUUUAAGAGGGAAUUCGAAUUUUGGAGUUUGAUUCAAACUUAUUUCCUGCAAGAGGAUCACAUCGUGGGGACUUGCAGUUUUGGCAGGAAAUUCUCAUGUAAGAAUAAAUUUAUUACAAAAUCGCCUAUCUAGGAAAGUGUAGCUGAUAUAGUGAAUAUACUCUUCAGGAGAAGGCCUUCCUGACACCAAACUUAGCCCUUUUUUAAACACGCGCGUAAAACUCAUGCUAUAGGGGCGCAGUUACUUUGAGGUCUUGUAUGUUUUGCUUAUGCCCAUACUACAAAAAAUUUAGCACGGCGUUAAAGAAAAACGGUAAGCCUACGUAAAUCCCUUUGGCUACAAGGCGAAAAAAAUGUUCUUACCCUUUUCCUGUUAUUCUUCUUAAACCGCUUUCACGGGAUUUCUCCCUAGUAGGUUGAUGCAAAGUCUGAAAAAUCCCACGUUAAACGAGACUUUUUCUGGGCAUUCUGGGUUAAUUUAUACUACUGCAAUUCCCAGAUUGAUCGAUGGGAGUUAAUUUCUCCCUUCUCACUCUGUGACAGGCGUUUUCCGUUGCGGUCCAGCCUCCGUAAACGCAGUUAAGAACGGCGAGGUGUAUCUCCCUUAUGACACAGGCUUUGUUUUUGCCGAGGUGAAUGGCGAUCGCGUGUACUGGGAUGUAGAUGACGACGACGGCUCGAUGAAGGCUAGUUAUGUGGAUACUCACAGCAUUGGCAAGUUUAUCAGCACCAAGGAACCUGGUGAAGGCCGCCACAGGUUGGACGUCACUUCAGGCUACAAACAUCCUGAGGGUUAGUGUUGUAGUCAUAUGACUAUGUUUGGAUUUUACGACACAUUCACGGGGCUGUAUAGGGAGGAGUUUCCAAUGGGGUGUUUCUCGUUGGCGAAUCACUGGCACAAGAGACAAGCCAGCUUGUGUCAUUAUUAUACAGUAUAAGUUUCCUUUAUAAAGAGGGAAGUCAAUUGCGUUUAAAUGAGUCUGUAAUCCUUUACACCUUUUUUACAUUUGUUAGAGAAAACAAACAAACAAAGAAAAAGACAAACAGAAAUCUCAGAAAUAGCACCUAAGGAGUAUAUUGCAGCUUUGUAGCUUUAAAUUUGUCGUAAAAUUAUGACAACAAGAAGAACUGGAAACCGUAUGUGUCAAUCAAAAAAAUUCAUUUUAGAGAAAAUGGGAAAAUAGCACCCAUUUUGAAUAGAAAAGAAAACGACCAUCUAACGAGCUCGGUAAGAUAAUGGGUGGGAAUUCUGGUCGCGCAUUUCAAAUUGAAGUUUAUUCACGUUGUCACCACGAUCUUCCUUGAUUUUGGUAGGCUCUCAACAAGAAAGAAAAGCUGUCGAGUUUGCCUAUAAAUUUAGUACUAGAAGAGAGUACGAAAUUUACAAUGCUGACAAAGAGGAUGUGGAAUUCAGCCUUGAAGUUCUGGAUAACAUUGCUAUCGGUGACAGCUUCGACGUCAAAGUUGUCGCGCUUAACAAAUCCUACGAGCAGCGAAAUGUUAAAGUGAACAUCACUUCCGUCAUGGCGUUCUACACCGGAAUUCCAGCAAAACCAUUGAAAAGAAAAAUGGAAGCAAUUGAAAUUGGCCCAAAUAAAGGUACAGUUGAUGACUACAUUGCAAUUUUAAGCGAGGUCUAAGUUACUUGUUUACGCCAUAUAAAACAUGAACUUUGUCUCUCUGUUUUAGAGAAAGUAGUGAUCCUGAAGAUUGCAAGUGGAGAUUACAUGGGUAAGAUUGCGGCAGAUGGCAACGUCAAACUGUAUAUCAAGGGUAAAGUGCAAGAAACAGGCCAGUCCUUUGGCAAACAGGAUGUGGUGGAGCUUAGGAAACCCAAACUAGCAGUCAAGGUAUGAGACUGAUCGUUCAAACUUGAUUCAGGUCCAGUCUUGUACCUACUAGAUAGAUUAUCCAAUAAAGGCCUAGAACCCAUUACAGUACUCCUUACGGCGUUUCCUUUUGAAAUGAAUAACAACUGAUGAAAAUUGUUCACAAACGUGAGUGAAGUAAAACAAAUUGGGAUGCUCUUCUAGGGUUUGUUAUUAUGAAGCAUCGAUGUCUGAUAUAUUGAUUAAAAUAUCACAAAAUAUUUUGGAUAAAUUUAUUUUUUGUCAUCAAUUUACAGCAGGUAAAAAGAUCUUAAAAGAAAUAAGUUAACAUACAAAAAAGUUCACCCCAUCUUACAUCACAACACGAGGGGUGACUUUUUUGCACCGUAUAUGAGUAACUUGAAUUUGAAGAACAUGACCUAGUGUUUUUAUUUAGGUGAGAUAUAUGAAAAAAGAUAUUGAAUGAUAAGCUAAAAUGUAGGUCUAAAUAGGAUUAACCGUCUGAGCCGUAAUACGGCGAGAAAAUUUAACCGUUAGUCGUAAAAAUUGACAAAUUGUAACUGUUAGUCGUGAAUGCCAUCACUCCAUUGAGACUAUCUAAAAUGGGCAAAGGGAGGCUAUACUAUGGAAACGGAUUGUAUGUUUCAAGUAAGAAAAUUUAGAUGAAAUUUUCAAAGUGCACGGAUUGUACCAAAGUCAUCCUUUAAAUCUUAUACCACUGACAUAUUUAAUCUUGAAUAGCUCAUGUCCUCAGUCUGAAAAGUGUGCCUCUCCACAAUCGAGCUAACAAAAAUCUUAAUCCAAUCGCCGAUUUCAUACACCGCUGUCCUCAACGUUUUUAAGCUCAGAUAAUCAUUGUUUAUAUGUGUUACUCCAUGUGCAGGCAUCUCCUAAUUCUGUGAAGAGGUGGGAUGAGGUGGAAGUGACAGCUUCCUUCAAAAAUCUUUUGCCAGUCCCUUUGGAGAAUGGACACUUUCAGUUGGAAGGAGCUGGAUUGUCACCAAGGUCGAGGGUCAUUAACAUGUGAGUAUUAACAUGUGAGUAAUGCCCUCGGGCAUUUGAACCUUUCAAGAUUGGCUCGUUCAAAUUCCUGCCUCUCGCCCCUCUCGCCCGGGGCCGGAUCAAAAUUAUGUUCAAAUGCCCCAUCCAAAAUUGAACGAUUCCUUGUGUGAUCAGCAAAAUCACAUUUUAGCUUUUGGUGCUGUUGUUGAGUUUUUUGCUUGUAAGCAUCAUUCUACGACGCACAAAAUUGUCUUUCUAAGCCAUUCACUCCCGAAAAUAGGCUCUUCACCCUUUAAAUUCGCAAUUAAAACACGUGCAUUACGCUGGACAGACUUGACACAUCCAGUUCAAAUGCACCCCACCUAGACAAGGUUCAAAUUUCCCUCCCCCCCCCUCCCCCGGGCAUGGAUGACGCCGCUCAUAUGCCUGUGGGUUGCUAGAGGAAAAUGGGGAUGUUGAAGUUCCGAAUUGAUCGGCGCAUAAUUUGAAGGGUUUUUGUAUUGACAAGAACUUGAAGGAGACAUCAAAGUGUAUUGCCAGUGGGAUACAAACGUCAGUACUUUAGAGUUCGAGGCGAGUAAAAGGAAAAUUGUUCGGGAAGAAGGUGAUUUACAGAUUUGAAAAAUCAAACCUUUUUAUUCAAAGCCAUUUUACGAGAAAACCGUGUUCAUGAUGUCAUAAUUGCAAAGCUGACUACUUAUGAACUGAAAGCCAAGAUUGUUGGUGAUGAUUCCUUUUCGAUAUCUAUUCCGAAAACGUAUUUUUAUAAUUACUGAUUUUGUAAAACCCCUACCAUGUAUGCCGCACUUAUAACUAUUUCCUUUUUCUUUACAUUUGGCUACACCAUAACGUUUCUUUCUUUUACCCCUGUUUGCUAUUUGCUUGUUUAUUCAUUCGUGCUAUUUAUAACUAUUUCCUUUUUCUUUACAUUUGGCUACACCAUAACGUUUAUUUCUUUUACCCCUGUUUGCUAUUUGCUUGUUUAUUCAUUCGUGCUAUUUUCCUUUGUUAGAGAUUCUGUGGCACCUAAGAAGGAAGCUAAAGCAAUCGCCACAUUUACCGUCACCCGAAGCCGCAAGCGAACUGUUGUUGUCAGUUUCCAGUCGGACCAGCUGGCUGGAGUACGAGGAGAAUGUGUCAUCAAUGUGACUUAACUUAAAUCACAUGCAAAUCUGUUAGGAUUUUUUAGGCGAUUAGACAAUUGUCAUUUUUUUAGACACAAACGUUCUUUUUUCCAUUCAACCAUUGCGAUCAAAUUUGACUCAAUUCUCACAUUUGGUGCGGCGGUUUUUAUUAAAGUAAAUGCUAUCUGACCCAAACGAGUGAUGUUUUGGAAUAAAAAUAUUAAAGACUUGGUUUAUCCAAAUAAAUGUGGUGAAGUAUUCUCGUGUUAACUUAACGAAACCUUUUCCCCUUUCUCUUCGUUCAUAAUUUUUAAAUGUUCAUCAUCCUUCAAAAUGGGCACAUCUUACAAGAUUCCAUAAGUGAUAGUUAAAGAUCGAGACGCCCGAAUCAACCAUCACACACAGAAAUCAAGAGCAAAGAGUCCUAUUUUUUUACUGAAAUUUAAUAUCUAAAUAUUUACUAAGGAGACACAUUUUCUGUAAAGCAGGAGACUUCAGGAUUUUUAGGCGGAAAUGGGAAUGUUCAUAAGGCUUUAAAAAGCCUCAUGAACAUUUCCGCCUUCACCAGUUCGCCUUCAUAAAACUGAACAGCGUCCCAAAAGAAUAUUUUGGGCCUCUCCCUUGACACUUCUCUAUAUACUGCAGUACAACAAAAACUCGUUACGAAGCAUAUUCGUUGAUUAUCCCUUGCUCUUGAGAUUGUGGUUAAUUUUGAAACUUUCGCUUUGAAGAAUAUCUAUUAGCAGAGGAGAAGCAUUCAUUCCAGGCGAGAAUGUGCGCCCAAUGUCAUUUCCUUUUUCUCUUCGCAACCCUAUUGGAUUUGUCUUGCAUGUUAUGCGGCCAGGAUGGUUCGAAGUGAGAUUGGGUAAUCUGCAAGCGAAAACAAAUAAGCUUGAUUCUGCCACUGGGAGAUAGUAGCGAUCUCUCAGGGAAAUUGGGAAAGGUAUCACCUACUUUGCAUGAAACGAAACUUUCCAGAGACAUUCAUGUGAGAGUUACACGCAAUCACACUAGAAGCUCAUUGCGGAGAAAAUGUUUUCAUUGCUUUUCUUUUUUCAAGACAGGCUUAAGGUCGCGAGGAACGACUUAGUGAGAGAGCAAUGAAAUCUUCUUGGGCCGUGCAGUCUGCGACCUAAGGAAGUCUGGGUUAAAACUUAGCGACCAAGCCUUUGGCUGACGUGUAUGUGUAAGAGUCGAACGAGUCAUUAACAAGGUACAGCUGAUGAGAACUGUUAACUACAAUUUCCAUCCCCUACAAUCUAUUAACUGUUCGUCCUAGGAACAGGUUAGGACAUCCAAGAUGUGGGGGAGAAUCUCCUCCAUGGCACAAGCCAUGCAGGAGAAGCUGGAGGAGUCUCUGGGCGAAGAUCCAGCCGAGGACCUGGAGGCAUCAGCAGAAACUUCGCCGGCUCAUCAUAGAAAGGUUAUUCAUUCAUUCGACUCGGAUCGAUGAUAAGGGUUGAUUUAUCUGAACAUGGGACUUAUUAACUUGUAUUUCUUCGUAUUAAAGGAUGAAGACGUUAUCUCAGAGCUUAGGAGAGCAUUGGGUGAAUCGGAGAAGAGGAACGAAGAGAUAAAUCGUGAAUUCCAGAAGUUGUUACGACUAAAGGAGGUGCUGCUACAUUUAGUGUUUACCUGCAAAUUCGCGCGAAAUUAUGACAAACCUGGGAUAUAUCUCGUAUAGAUUUGGAUAUUUUGUUUAAACUGGCUUAAGAUCGUUGCAAGGGCUUCAUCAGUCCCUGCAAUAUUCAACUAUAUAUUUUCUAAAUCGUUAUGAUUACUUGCGAAGUUACACAAGUUAUUGGUUUCCAAGGCUCAGUUGUAAAAUGGCGGAUAACGCUAUCCAUUGGAUAAAUCGCUAUCCUGCGGAUAAGUGAUAGCAAAACGUGUAGAGUUACACACCGGAUAGAGAUUUAUCCACUGGAUAGUGUUAUCCUACCUUCGACCAAACGGGCCUGGUUUGCAAAUGGUGAGAUUUGUCGAUCCGAUAGAGCUUUGUUGGAAUGGACAAAAUCUUUGUUCCAAUUGAUUUACGUCGUGAAUUUACCAAAAUGAUCCUUAUAUAUGUAGUGCAGCAGCAUACCAUUAAAUCCUGCUUAAUAAACAUUUUUGAUUGUCAUGGUGUUUGCCAAAAUAAAUUUAGUAACUGUUUUAAAUUUUGAGCAACCUGUUUUUUAUCAUAACAGUAGACUGUCAUCAGAGGUUUUUUUAUUCAGUCAAAUCCUUGAAAAGUGUUAACUCUCAGGAGAUCUUUAUAAGUUAAUUCAAGUUUAUCUUUCUUUGAUUUACAUCUUACCCCCUCCCUGAAAUAAAGAGUCAUUGCAGUGUGAGUCUGCCUCUGUGUCCUCUCCACCUCUUAAAUAGAGAUGAAGGGCAUCAGACACAGGAUGUAAUAGAAUAAACCAUGCAUUCAGUGUUCACACUUAUUUUAAGCAUGUCAGGAAAAACAAUUUCUGGCAGUAGUAAGAGGUACUGCAUACAGUAAAUUUUAAGCAUUAUGGUCUGAAAAGGAGAAAACUAUGCAUAGACAUUACUAAAGUGGUUACAGAACAGCGAGUCACCUUGGAAACUUGAAAGUAGAGUAAAUGCCUGCAUGCAACAUCUUUUAAAUGCCACCUCAUUUAGCGAAGGCAUCCUUUGCUGAAAUUUUGACAAUGUUUUGAUUUGGCUUCUAUACAUGUAAAUGUGAGAAAAAAAAAGAGUAUUUUAGGCUUAUCCUGUGUCUUUGGUCAGAUAUUGAAUUUGGGCUAAUGCCAUGUCAUGAACAAAUUAAACAAGUGACAGUCUUGCAACAAAUCUUGGGUUUUCUAAUUAUAGUACUCUUUAUCACUGCUUGCUAAGCAUAAGUAGAUUUUAUGCACUAAUUAAUAUGUUCAAUGAAAAUGUUUCCUUAACUUACCAUUAAUUAUUUCAUUCAGGAGGAACUUGUCCAACUGAGAGAAAGUGUAAGAGCAGGACCAUCCUUAGAUGCUGGUGAACUUUUCACAGAGAUACAAGAUCCAGUAAGCUUGCUUUUAUUUCCUUUAGUUUUACUUUCUUUCUACUAGUUAAGUGUGGUUUCACCUAAAAUGCCCAACCUUGAAAUAUAUUUUAUUAAAUGAGCUAAUGAUGUAAAUUAGCCAGUUAAAAGUGCCAGCAUGGCUGCCAGUUAGGGCUGUCAGCCACAACACCUGGUACCGCUGAGCACACUUGAUGUUGCAGGUGAAGGGGGAAAUUUUUGUUAAGUUAUACCAGACAAAACCAAAUUGUUUUUAAAUAUUGUGCACCUAUGCAGCACCGCAGUCUAUUUAAAAAUUUAUCCCUUUUGUCUUGAAAUAUGUUUGACUGUUACUCAGAGAUCUCUUCUGAAGAUGAAACUAAACUUUCAGGGACAGGCACUAAUACAGGGCAAUGUGUAUUGUCUGUUGUAAAUCAUGUGUAGAGUCAUUAUGAGAAACUUUGUUCUACAUAUUCUUUUAUCCAAAAGCUUUAUGCUUUUCUUUCUCUUUGCAUAUUUCUUCUUUUCUUGAAUAAUAUUAUAUAAAGUGUAUAGUACCAGUCUAUGGCAAGGUGGAAGUACCAAUUCAGAGUCAAUCUUCAAUACUUUCCUCUUGAAAAACCCAAAACAGGAAUAGAAAAUUUUGUGAAAAUUCUUCAGAAAUGUGAAACAACUGUCUGUUCUCAGAUUUCUAGAGAAUCAAGGAUGGGACAUUAAUUUAAUUUAUUUAAAGUAGUACUUGUUACCCACUGCCUGCAAGUGUGGAGUAUCACAUGGGUGCUACAAAAUACCUGUAUAUUGAGUAUUAUUGCAAGAAUAUUGAUUACCAGCCUUCCUUUUUGUAGGAGAAUCCAACCAAAAUGGGUAGCAUCCAACAAAUCAAAGAUUUGCUGUCCAAAAAAGACAACACCAUACUGUCCUUACAGAAUCAAUUGGAGGAAAGUGAGAACAUGGUCAGACAACUGGAACAGCAGGGACGAGACAAUGAAGAGAAAGUAAUGAGUGAGUUGGCUGUCAAGAUCAGAGCAGCUGAAGGUUUCCAACUAAAGCUUGAGGAAUGUAAACAACUGUUAGAGGAUCGUAACAAGACAAUUGAAGGACUCAUGGACCGACUUGAUGCACAGAAACGGCUGUUAGAUAGCCGAGAUCAGGUUAUUGAUCAGUUGAAAGCCAUGAAGAACCUGGACAGUGGUGCUGAUGAGCUUGUUUCCACAUUACGAGAGCAGCUUGAAGCAAUGAGUGGUAAGCUUGAGCAAUCUGUGGAUGAGACUGAGAAAGCUAAGAAUGAAGUACGUGCGCUUAAGAAGGAAUUGGAAGAGAAGAGUGAACUGAUUGCUUCAGCAGAAAAGGUAAAAUGUAACAUACUUGACUCAGAUAAUGGUAUAUAAGUUAAUUGAAUCCCCAUGAAAGUGUUAGUGGCAUGUGAAAAGGCCUUGCUUCAGACAAGUACCUAUACAGAGUGUGCAUAUGUUUGUAAUUUGGGGUGUAAAGCACUUGGAUGGUUGUUAAAUGCGCACAUAAAGUUUGUGUAUGGUGUGAGUAAAAUUUUUUGUUUAAACUAGCUCACUUUUCACAGCUAUAAAGAAAUAUACUGUAGAAACGCGUAGAUAAUUUACAGACAAAAUGUCUGUCCUCAUUGUAUAAUGGCAGGUCUGACAGAUGCAUCUUCAAACUACACCUACGUAAGCUGCAGUAAUGAAAUAUUCAUACACUAUGCAAUUAUGUUGGUGUAUUUAUAUGCCUAUAAAAACAAGGCUUUGAAUUGGUUGUUAUGCCAAAGUAUAAUUAUCUGUUGUACAUGCCGCUUUAUGGUGUUGAUUAAUAAACUUGAUGACCUCUCACGGUAUGCUGUUACAUUUUGGUACUACCAUGGAAUUUGCUGCUCAGGAGUGUAAAGCAUGCUUGACACACCAGCACUAGCUCUCCAAUCACAGUUUAUUUUUCUAUUGUACAUUUGCAGAUAGAGCAAGAGAAGGCAGCUUUAUUGCAACACAUUCAAGAAAUAGAAGAAGAGCACAAGCAGGCUGUUGUUAAUCUGCAGCACCAUGUUCAAGAAAAGGAAAAUGCUCUUGCAGCUGAGUUUGAAGAAGCUGAGCAAGUAUACAAGACAACUGAACAUGACCUUCGUGAACAACUGGAGGAGAAGACACGCAUCAUAGAGGUGAAAUAAGAAUUCCUAAGUUGUUCCAAAUAACGUACUGUCUACCAUAUUCACAUGGACAAAAGGGGUUACAUACAGUUUACAAAUUUACAGUUGUAAUGUAGCUCAUAUGUUUCAAAUUCUCAAGAGUUUCUAUCUACAUGUUUUGUGGAAUGUACACUGUAGUUUAGAACAAACCACUGUGAUAAAAGAUUUCAGAUAUUUACCUGUACUACAGCAAGGUGGGAAAAAGUUUACCUGAAUGACAGCAAGCUGGGAAAAAGUUUAGAACAAGUAAAGAUUGGGUUUAUGUUUCCUUACUUGAAAUUGUGUUGUUUUUUAAAUGGAAUAUGAGAUUUUAUUCUACAGAAUGAUGUAACUUUGUGAUUAGAUGGGAUCUGAGGUCAAUUGAGUAAAAAAUACCUCAUCAAGUAUCUUGAACACUGCCGUUGGUGUUGUCCUAACUCUAAAAAUGUUCUCAUUUGGUUUAGUUUUCUUUUUUUACAGUCCAAAGAUGAAGCUGUUCAAGUUCUUAAAAGAGCCAUGCAAGAAAAAAACUUGAGUAGUGAGGGGCCUUUGCCACCCCCUCAUACUGAUAAAAUAGUGGCUUUACUAGAAGAAAAGGUUAAAGAACGCGAAGAGACCAUCAACAGCAAAUCUGAGAGGAUUCAUGAACUGGAAAAGGAUGUAGUUGACCAACAAAAUAGCAUUGAUUCACUUAAAAAGUUAGUUGAUGAUAAAACAUUGGAGGUAAAAGUUUUGCAAGAAGCAGUUCAUGCCAAGGAUCAAGAGAUUGAAGACAUUAAAGAGAAGCAUGAAACUGAGUUAAGUGAAAAAGCAUUGAAGCUUGCAUCACAGGCUAAAGAAAAUCAAGACUUGGAGAAAACAAUUGCAUCCUUAAAGGAAAGUUUAGCUGGUCUAGAGUCCAAAGAAAAUGUCACUGAAAGACUUUUACUUCUUGAUGCAGAGAAGGAACAACAAUUUAGAAAUGAAAUGGAAGCUUUUAGAGAUAGUGAAAAGGUCCUUGAUGCAAAGCUGCAGGCAGCUCUUGAACAGAACAGAAACAUUUCUGAAGAACUUGCUUUAGCAAAGACCAAGAUUGAGGCUAAGGAGAAGGAAUUGCAUGAUUUAAGUACAAGGAUGGGCAAGUUGAAGCUUCAAGCAAAAGCCAAGCUGACAAGUGUUCAGAAUGAAAAGGAAAAACUUUCCAAGGAUAAGCAAGAGGUAGAAUUUGUUUAUGUACAAUGUUUAAUAAUACUCUGAUGAGAAAAUAUAAAAUAUAAUUAUAUGCAAUGAAUGAAUAGAUAAAUAAGCAGUUAAUUGUCCACUCUCCGAAUGGUUUUUCAAGGGCAGUGAUAGCAAAAAAUGAAACAAAUUCUUUUCUUGUAAACUACCAAAACAGCUGGGCAACCCUUGGCUUGGGACAGAUCCAUUAGAGGCAUGAAUGGUACUCACCUUUACCUUGAACUCAGGAUAUCCAGCCCACAAGCCCAGCAUUUUGAUCAGUCAACAACAGUAUUCAGCCUUCUUAGAGCUUUAGUUUUACUAUGAAGAAACUCCCGUUGAUUUCCUCUGUUUUUGUAGGCACUUGUAGAGAUGCACAUUUGAUAUUGUGGUUUCUCUUAUUCACUAUUGCUUCAAAGGUUUUUUGCAAACAAUGUCAAUAUGAAAACAAUUCAAGAUACUUGUACAGCACUUUGAUUUCUAUGCAAUGCACCUCGGUUAAGUAUUGCAUUAAAUUAGACAUACAUGUAUCACAUUUGGUGUGAUCAAUAAUUUUCAUUUGGAGGUCAUUUUAAUCACAACAUUCACACUGCUGUGUCUUUAAGGUUGAACUGCAUCUGUUACGUGAGAGAGAAGAAAAGUUAGCCAUACAGAUGAAGAUAACACAGAUUGAAGAAGAGCGAGAGGCUGCUGAUUCCAAACGAGUAGAGUUGGAGCAAGCACUGGAAGAGUUUGUCAGGACAACAGAUAAGAAAGGAAAACUGACUGCUUUAGAGAAGAAAUCUUCUCCAGAUGUUGGUAAGGAAAUUUUUAAACCUUCACUAUAACACACACUUUGCCCUCCUCAAGGAACCAUUUCUUAGCCCAAUUUCAGGCAGUUUUUUUUUUUAUUAUCAUAUUUCAAAUCUAAAUUACAGACUGACAUAAUUAAAAUUACUACACAGUGACAAGGAGGUUUGGCAACAACAGCUGCACAAUUGCUGUUGUGAGCAUUUUAAACAAAAAUAACAUUACAGUUGUUCUAAAACAAUAUUAAUUCUAUUAAUAAUGAUAAGACAUUUAAAUUACUCUAGAGUCUUCCUAUUACAAUGAGGUAAAACACAGUUUCUAUUGGGGAAACCAAUAGAAUAAUUGUAAUUAUUACUAAUGCAAAGUGAAAGAGAGAAACAUCCAAGAUUGGAGUGGAAAGUUUUUAGUCCAUUCUUAUAGAAAGUUUCUAAGUCUUUACUUUUUAAGGGCAAUGUAUUUUUCUGUUUGAUAAUUAAUUUUGACUUUUACUUUGAAACCUUCUAUUUUCGCAUGUGCAUGUGUCCUUCUGCAAUCCCAGAUGUGUAUUUUUCAGAUUAGUAGUAAAUAAUUUAGUAAAUGGCAUGACAAUGUUGUAAUGCCUAUUAUGAUAUCUUGAAUGCUGAGAUAAUUAUUACUAUUGUAAUAAUUUCUGAAAUGUUUCCAAAUUUCUUUUUAAAUAUUAAAAACAUUGUUAUACUUAAAUCAAGGGAUGUUACCAUCAAACCUACCCUGGGCUAUUUUUAGAUUGGAAUUUCAGGUGUUCCUGGAACAAAGUUUCAUCACAUUUUAUGUAAACAGACACACUGCUCCUCUUAAUAAUCAACAGGAAUUAACUGAUAAGUCUUAAAAAUCUAAGAGACCCCCCUCUCUCAGUAGUGUCAUGUUUUCAUGAAUCCACACUUUAUAUAAUCCCUAAUAACCGAACAACAAGGAAGUAUUGAAAAUUUUUUUGGUGUGAAAACUAAAACUGUUCUGAUUUGUUAGAGGAAGAUGAUGUCCCUGAGGAAGAAUUAGAGGGUAGUGGUACAGUGUCUACUAUCAUUGGCUCAAACACAGAAGAGUCAGGUUCCAUUAAUGUUAUGAAAAUACUGGAAGAGGAAAGAUACUGUAUGGAAAGAAGACUUGACCUCAUCACCAAGGUAUGGUGAUUACAGUAUAUUGUUGCUAUUAUCAUUGCUAAUGAUGUGGUUACUAGAGUGUUAUGUCAGAUUGGUUUGUGUGUUAUGAAACCAUGGCUGAAGACAUGGUGAUCUGUUGUUUUACAGCUGUAAGAGAUGCACAUUUUGUUCAUGUAUAUGCAUGCAUGCAUGCAUGCAUGGACAUGGUCAGGAGCUCUUACAGAGCCUGUCUUCACCCAUGAGUUUUAAACAGACUUUAGAUCUGUUAUCCUCCCAGUAAGUUCAUGGAGUGGACCUAGCCCUUCUGAUCAAAUCAUGUUUAUGCUAUAUUGUUGCCUUUCUUUUUAAAGGAACGUGAUUCCUUGCAAAGCAAAGUGGAAGAACUGGAGGAAAUGCUGGAAGCAGAGAAAGAACGCCAACAGAAAAAGACUGAGGAAAUCAGUUCAGAUGAGGAUGCUGAACUUGCUAAGCACAUGGCAGAGGAGUCUCUGAUGAUGCACAUUGAAGCUCUUCAGGAAGAAAAUGAAACACUUAGGUACUGAGUGUAAUUCCUGUAAUAAAUGUUGAUAUUACCUAUUUGCAAAGCUGGGCUUUUCAGAGGUUCAACUGCAGUCUGCAUAGCAUUCACAGUAAAAAGAGGAUAAAUGAGAAUCUCCUAUCAGUAGUUAAAAGCUCAGCUGAUGGUUUUAUCCACUUACUUACUAACCCCAAGCUCCUACAAACUAAUCUUGAUGCCUCCUCUGGUCUUAUCAGUCUUGAUUUCUUUAACCUCCUCCAAACAUGUGUUUCUUCAUGGGUGUCACUGUAGGUGACUUGUCAGAGGUCAACUCUGAGUCAUUGCCCUUCUUUGGUUACCAGAGUAUAAGUGAAUGUGAUGUGAAUUGACGUACAUUAGUUUGUGUCUACCAGGCCUUACUCUUCCUCCUAAAACCUUGACUAGAACUAAGAACUCUUCAACUUUUGAAUUGUUGCAACAGGGAUGGUGACCAGAAGUGCUUUCUGUACUAUUGAUUGCCACCAAACAAUCAACAAGCAUUUCUUGCAAGGCAAAAAACAAUACUGCAGCAGUAAAAUCAUGACAAAUCGUGUACCAGACUAAGGUUAGGUGCAUGUACUUUGGAUUUAAAUAUGGAAAAUAAUACAUUUUGAAUAUGGGAUGCAGAAAUAAUAUAUUUUGAAGACGUGCACGUAAUGCAAUUCGUACAGGACGAUCAUAACCUGUAGUCAAAUGAUAUAAUUAUUUCAUACAACUUCUAUACUUUCUGCUCUCCAGAUCUACCUUGGAACGGGAGCAAUCUGCAGUAGUGAACCUGACAGAACAAUUGAAGCAAGCUCCAAUUGAGCAAAAGGUAGGUUUUGUGCGGGGAAAGAAAACAUUUCUGGAGCUAACAAAAAAAAUUUAUUUGCAGCCAUGCCAAUGAACAGGUUCUAUGUGUAGUCUUUAACCUAUACGCUCCUCUGAUCUCAAUAUCAAUUCUCCAUUAUAUCUGCCAUACAUUUCUGAGGAUUAUAGUUUUGAAAAUUUUAUGUUAAAUCAAACGGUAUCCCUCGCUGUUACUUUUCUUUCUUAUCGCCCUUCUGUUCAUUGUUAAAGAAAUAAAAUGUUGUUGUUUGUGGAAAUUACUUCCUUAUUAAAUCCCGAGAAUGAAAGAGUAAAGAAAACAGCUACCUAUUUUGACUCACACAGGUUUUUUGGCAUUUAUUAUAAUUAUAUGUUUGAACGGAGUAAGUGAUAUUCCUUAAAUUGAUGCAGAUUUUUUUAAGAAAGUAGGGGGAGGAAGAGAGGAAAGUCCAUUGUCGAUGUAUAUUUUCAGAGACCUUUACUGUCCAUGCGUAACAGUUAUAAUGACUUGUCAACAGCCAUCAUUCUUAAGUGUUGAUGCCCAUGUAAAAGUUAGGCAAAAUACAUCUAGUAAUACUAUUAUUUGGGUCAUUUUAAAGGAGCAAACCUAAUGUGUUAGUUGCAAACCCUCCUAGACUAGUGAUUUUAUUUAGUAAUUCUCCCUCUUAGGUUCCUUUACAUCUACUCAUAAGUUGCUAUAGAGAGUUUAGUGUAUUAUUAGAUAGCGUUGAUAAAUUGAUCAAUUCUCAUAAAUUUUGUGCUCUUGUGUUACGAGUUAAUAACUUGUGGGAGUUUGAAGGCUGGCAACUUUGAAUGUGGACUGACCGUGAUUUAACGUAUAAACUUGUCUUGUUGUAGGAUCGUUAAUCAGAAAACUAGAUAUUUUUCUGAAUAAGUGAAAUGAUGAAAAGUAUUGUGAAACGGGAUGCAUGAUGGGAACCAUGUAACUCUAAACGCUGCAACGCUGAGAAAUCAUCUUUAAUUUUAUAAUUAACACCAUGUAAACAAUUCCAAUGUAUCGUAUCAAUGUCACUGUACCGUAUCUUUUCUAUACAACACGAAUACCCAGUAGGAAACAUUUUUCAAACGUGUUCGAGUAAUACGCACCACCAUGAUAAUUAAACAUUAGCAGCUCUUCAUUUUCUCAAUGAAAUCCUCUUCGUGUAGUUAGAAACCUAGAAAACUUGGAAAAUUCUGAUUCCAGACAUCCCACUUUUCAGCUGUUUGACAAAGAUGAACACAUAUCGUACCUGGAGUCUAAAGUGGCUCAGCAACAACAGAAUCUUCAUCUGUUUAAAACAAUGCUCCAAGAAAAAGAAGUAUACCUUAUGGAUGAGGUGAACAAACUCGUCUUUUUUAAGAAUAAAUAUCGGGGUAAAUUAACUAAAUAGAUAACAAACGACAGAUUCGUGCUCAAUUAAAACUUUAAUAGUUGUGUACCCAAAUAACUUUUCCACAGAUGGAUUGAUAAGUCUUCCCAUUAUUAGAAGAAACUUUUGUGGCAAAGUCCAACAAAUAGAAGUAUUUCUCAUGAAUGUUACAGAUGAGAUGAACAAAUUCGUCUUUUUCUAGAGUAAAUAUCGGAUUAAAUUAAUUAUUUAGAUAACAAAAUAAAGAUUCGAGCUCAAUUAAAAAUUUAAUAAUUGUGUACACGCACAAAUUUUUCAUAGAUGGGUUGAUAAGCCUUCCCAUUAUUUAAAAAAAAACUUUUGAGACAAAUAAGACGGUUGAAAAAACUCGCUAACUUCUGCAAAGUCGUCUUAAUCGCCAGAAAACUUUUACAAGAGUAAGGCCGUCCACUAGCAGAACUCGGUCUUAUUCUGUGGAAAUUGUCAAGCCCUUACAUUUUAGAUUAGUUUCCGCAUAAUCUCCAGGUUAUGAUUGAAUUAUAUAGAAAGUCAUUACUAUUGAUAUACUACUGCGAUUGUGAUGGUGAUGGUUGUGAUGAAGGAAGUUCUUCCUUCCCCUUAAAGAUUGCUAAGGACUGGAACCUAACUAACAGAAUUAUGGAAAUCGAACUUGCCGUGAUAGGUCCAAUAUUUGGAGUCACUUGAAAGGCGUUCCAAUAUGAUGACUCGAUUAAGUUAUCAUUAAUUUGAAAUAAGUAACAAGUGGGACGAUUUCCACCAUUAAGUACAGAUACCACCAGGAACAAUUAUCGUCCAACAUACUGUGAUCUGAAAACGAAAAAAAAUAUGUUGGCUAUUAAAAAAGUAAACAAUAGCUAGAAAGAAAAUGGAUGUCACGGCUGUGAUGGUUUUUUUUUUAAUUAAAAUGUGGUCACAAUCGAUUGUCUCACUGAUGUUCUUAACUCGUUUUGACGUUCGCUGUUACUUACAUGUAUUACUGAACAGAAGUACGGCUAAACGAAAUAAAUCUAUUUGUUUUAUAUAAUAAAGAAGAAAAUUUCUUUUUUUAAUGGUGACGUCAACUACAGGAUGACGUUUGGGUUUCUGUCCUCCAAUAGAUCAAGAGCGAGAUCCAAUCGAAAUGCGUGUAUACUUCAGGUUAUUACAGAGUUAAAAAUAAAUAUUAACUUGUAAAAUCCAUUCUAUUCAUAACAUAAAUACGUAACAUCAUAAUGAUAUCUUUGGAAAGUAAGUAGACAACUGGUAGUUCUGGUAGGUAGCACAAUUAAUAGCACCUAUGCACUGAAGAAUUGGUAAUGCCACUGUAUAAUCAGUUGUUUAGAAUGAAUAGAAAAAAAGCAUUUACAGAAUUUUAGAACUUUUAAGAAAAUAGUUUAUGAGAUCCUUCCUUGAACUUCGAAAGAGAAAAAUUACAACAAGCCACUCUCCUGCUAGUCACGAGUCAGUGGUCUUGGGGAGAGUGUACCUAGAAAAGCUAGAUUCAAAAUUGCCAUUGGAAAUUUUGAUGUUGCACAAACGGUUCAAUCUAACAAGAAAUUAUUUAUCUUCCAGAACGAGUUGCAAGCAGAAGUCGAUUCGUUGAGAGAGUUUUUAGCGAAGGAGAAGGAAAAAACAACAGGUAAACGUACUUCUCUCAAGAGCUAACUUCUCUUAAUUAAGCUUGGGUUACAGUGGUUGAGCCCUAUCCUCGCUGAACCUGUUGAAUUUAUUCAGACGUUAAAGUUUAUAUAAACAAGAGAUAAUUAACCUGUGAGUCAGCUUUACAAAAUGUUUGUUACCUCUAGGACUUGCAAGCCAACUUGAACAGCAUCAGGAACAGUGCACUAAACAAUCCCAACAGAUGGAAAACCUCAAACUGGAAAUUCAGGAAAAGCAAGACGCUAUAAAAUCGCUUGAGCUCCAACUCCAAACUGGUCAAGAGUAUCAGAGGAAAGCUUUGGAAGACAAAGAUAAGGACAUUCAAAAUCUUCAGGUAGCAUUGAUGGAAAAUAGCUCUGGUUUUGAGUUGCUGAACGCAAGCUUUAGUGAAACAAGCUCUCAGGUGCAGCAACUUCAGGAAGAGCUGGCCAUAAAAGAUGCUGAGCUUGCCAGGCUGAAGAAGGAAUUAGGUGAUCAAGAGCUGAGCCUGGAUCAGCUUAGGGAAAGUUACACAGAUGUCUGUACAACGCUCAACGAAUUGCAAGGGUUGUUAGCGAACAAGGAGGCGGAGGCAACAAAGCUGCAAGAAAGCAAAGACCACCAAAUGGCUGAACUGGAGUCAAUGCAGUCCAAGCAAGGCGGGCAGAUUGGAGAAAUCCAAACUCUUCAAGAAACUAUUGCUAGAAAGGAAGAUGAACUUGCUCAGCUCAGAACGACAUUUGAAGAGAAAGACAGCAGUUUUGAAGUUUUAAGUGCCAGUUUUAUGGAAACCAGCUCCCAAGUGAAAGGGCUUGAGGAAAGCCUUCAGGUAAAGGAUACUGAACUAGGUGUUCUGCAACAAACACUACAGGAGCGCAUUCUUGCUUUUAACAAGCUUACUGACGAUCUUUCAAACACUACUUCGCAACUUAAAAACAUAAAAGAGAUGCUCGACGUCAAAGAAAACGAGAUCGGCAAUCUUAAUUCCAAAUUAAAAGAACAAGAAAUGGCAUACGCGGAACUGAACACAAAAUGCGAAGAAUCAGCUUUGAAGGUAAGAGAGCUUGAAGAGAACUGCGUUGCAAAGGAUAUGGAAUUGAAAACACUGCAAACUGCAUCGGAAGCACAACAUUUGCUAAAUGAGCAAUUGAACCAAAGCUCCGCGGAAUGUGACGGACAGAUAAAGCAGCUACAAAGUUACUUGAGGGAAAAAAAUCAAGAGGUCAAAUCACUUCAGGAAAAUUUGGGUGAAAAACACACAAGACUUGAGCAAAUACAAGAACUUUUGAUUACAAAAGAGAAAGGUGUAGCAAAACUUGAAAGCGAACUGGAAGAGCAGAACAGUAAUAAUCAACAGCUGAGUUAUAGCUUACAAAUUGCAGAAAGCCAGGUGAGGGAUCUUGAAGAAGCAGUAACCAAAAAAGAUGAGAAUAUAGGUUCACUUAAAAAAGAUCUUGAAACUCUAGGCUUGGAGUAUGAAGAACUAAAUUCAAGUUUCACUGAUGCUAGCUCCCAGAUGAAAGAGCUACAUGAUCUACUCGCAGCAAAGGAGACAGAGCUGAAUGUUCUAAAAGCAAGUAUAGAAGACCAAGGAUCAAAUUUUAAUGAACUGACAUCUCGUUUGACGGAACAAAGCGCUCAGUUACAGGAAUUCACUAAUUCUUUAUCUGCUAAAGAAGAUGAAAUCAAGACGCUUCGAGCCAGCUAUGAAGAGGAAAAAGCGCGAUUUAGCGAGCUUGAAUCUCGAUACAUAAAUGACAUGGGUGGACUGGAGGAGACAAUCGUACUUAGAGAGAACGAGAAUGCGGCUCUGAGAGCUGAACGCCAAGAGAAUAUAUCAAGUCUUAGUGAGCUAAACAGAAGUUAUGACGAGGCUACUUCAAAAAUCAAAGAGCUUUACGAAAUUAUUAAACAUAAGGAUGACGAGUUUAAAACCCUUGGUGCCAAAUUUGAAGAGCAGAAAUCCAAUUAUAAUCAGCUUAAUACAACAGUUGAGGAAUCAAGUUUGAAGGUGAUCGAACUUCAGCAAUCCCUUCAGGCUAAAAGUAAAGAGGUAGAUGUGUUACAGUCAAGCUCAGACGAAAAAGCGUCCACUCUUGAGCAAUUGAAUGUGAACUUUGAUAAAUUGGUGGCUCAAGAAAGAGAAUUACGGGAUUUGCUCGAGAGUAAGGAGGCUGAAAUGAAAGAAUUGAAAACUAUGGUAGACAAGCAAGCUUCUUAUUUAGAACAGUCACAGAAGAACGAUGCUGAAAAUUCGUCUCAAGUGAAUCAGUUGAUGGAAGAACUUAAGGUUAAAGAUGCAGAACUUAGCCAGAUGCAGACUAGUUUUGUCGACCAAAAUGCCAGCAUUGGGGAACUAGAGGACCGUUGGACUGAAACGAAUUCUUUGGUAAAUGAUUUGCGGCAGAGAAUUGCCGAAAAAGAGGAUGAAGUGAACUCGUUGAAAUCAAGUUUAGAUAAUCAGAGCAUUGAAUUUGGAGCUAAAUAUGACGGGAUGCAUGCCGGAAUGAAUGAUUUACGCGAGUGUCUUGCUAGUAAAGAAGAGGAGCUCUUUGUGCUGCAGACUACUUUACAGGAGAAGAACACAAGUGUUGAAAACCUGGACGCUAGCUUGAGCGAGACGAAUGCGCAACUUGAGGAUCUGAGGAGUCAGCUGACAGCCAGAGAUAGCAAGUUUACUGCUUUGAAGAAGAAGGCGCAGGCUUUGAAGAAAUCUUAUGAAACAGUAUCUGCUGAGAACGAUAGUCACAAAGAGGAAUUGGAAGAGCUGAGGAAGGAGAAGGGGAUUUUCUUGGAAGAAAAAGGAGCCAUGGAAACUUGUUUAGCGCAGCUGAUUGAACACAAGAAUCAACUUCACGCUAAAAACGCAGAGGUACAGGAAUUGGAAACUAAGAUUGGGAAAGUGGAAGAGGCUCUUCAGUUGGCUAGUAGUGAAAAUGAAAACUUGGCAUCAAAUAUUACUGAGCUUCGAGAAGCAUUAGAUUCUCUAGAACAGGAAAAGAAGCAGCUGAUAACUGAACGUGAAGAAUUUGUCUCUCGCCUAAAUGAAGUAGAAUCAGAAAAGGUAUCGAUGGAGACCUCUCUUCAUGAUGGUAGAGAAGAGAUGUCUUUAGUUCAGUCAGAAAAUGAAAGCUUCAAGACUAAUUUGGAUGAGAUGAAGAAGCAACUUGAUUAUAAAGUGAAAGAAGUCAGCGAUCUUAGAGAGGUCAUAGAUCAUUUAAAAACCGUUGUGGAGGAAAUUAAUAAAUCUUCUCAAGAAGAUCUAAAACAUUUGGAGUUAAGAAAGAACGAAGAAUUACAAGAGAAGCUCUCAGCCAAAGACAGAGAACUGUUUGAAUUAUCUGAAGAUCUGUCUCUUACCAAGAAAACGGUUGGAGAAUAUCAAGCUAAAUUGCUGGGAAAUGAAGACGCUUUACAAAAACGAUGGAAUGCUUUUGAGGAGGAAAAAGAAAGCUUAGAAGAGAAGCUUGGAGAUAUUUCAGCUGAAAAGAAUUCUUUGCAGCAAAAGCUCUCUGAGAUGACAGAGAGUCAUAAUGCUUUGUUGUCAGAGUUUGAUUCUGUCAAAGCUGAAGUUGGAAGAGCCAGAAGUGACAUAGACGUGAAAGAUAACCAGAUAAACGCCUUGCAGAUUGAAUUAAAUGGAAUGCAAAAAAUUGUUAAAGAAGAGCUUGUUACAUCACAGAAAGAAGAGUCGUUAAAAAACGAAUUAUUUGCUAAGGAAACAGAGUUUUUGGACCUGCAAGAAAAAUUGAAACAUUUUCAGGAGUCAUUACCUCUGAAAGAACAGGAGGCCGAUGAACUAAGGGAAAGAUUACAAUCAAGCGAAGAAGCUGUGUUAAAUACGAACAGUAGACUGCAUGAUAUGUGUGUACAGGAAAGUAAACUAAAAGAAUCUCUAGAACAAGCCGAGCUAAAAAUUGCCCACUUGCAGGAAGAUCUUAGCGACGUUGCUUCAGAGUUAAGCCAAGUGUCUCACGUAAAGACAGCCUUGGAGUCAGAGUUGUUCGACGUUAAGGACAGAUUGGGUGCUGCUGAGCUGGAAUUGAAUUCCUUACUGGUUACCUCAGACAACACCUCCAGAGAACUUGCCCUGAAAGAAGAACGUGUAAUUAACCUCGAGCGAGAUAUUUCUGAGGCAAAAGCAAUGCUCGAGAAUGAGCGUCAAGGAAAAGAAGACACAGAGGUGUUGAUGGAAAGGGAACAUGACGAGUUGGAAGAUACUAUUAACGAAUUGAGCGGGAUGAAAAAGCUAUGUCAAGAUCAAGAAAAAGCAUUGAUUGAAUUAAACAAGGAACGUAGUGAGAAUUUGGAAGAACUUAAAACAGCCAAAUCACGCGCUGAGGAGCUGGUUACUACGCUUGAAGAAAUGAAGUCCUCUCUCAAUGCUCUUUAUAGAGAGAGGGAUAUUGUAAUGACAGAGUUGGAAGAGACCAACGGUAAACUAAGCGAAGUGUUGGCUGUUAAGGCUUCGUUAGAGUCAGAUAUUCAUGACGUAAAUGAGAAGUUGGAAGCAGUAACAGCUGAGCAACAGCGCUAUGCUACAGAACUAGGGAGCACAAAGCAGGAGCUUCUUGAUCGUAAAAAGGAACUCAAAGAGUUGCGAAGCGUCAGGGAACCUCAGGUGGAGCAAGUAACUCCAGUGGAUGUAGGUCUUCUGAAUGCAGCGCCCGAAAGAGAAUUCUUGCUGGGAUCACCAUCCGAUGAAGUUGCAAAAGCCUUGUCGCGAGAAAGACAACUGAUCAAUCAAAUUGAACAGCUCGAAAAGGAAAAAUGUAACCUGGAGGCUGAACUGACGGACAUUGUGUCAGAGGUGAAAGAGGUCACAGAUGUAAGGGGCGCUAUCGAGGCGGAACUUAAUAAUACAAAGGCAGCCAUGAAUGAGUUGACGGUGCAGCAUGAGUGGGUAACAGCAGAACUGCAAAACUUUAAGGAAGAGUUUGAGGAACAAGAAAAUGAAUUGCACAGGUUGAGGCAAGAUUUAGUCGAUGCAAACAAAGUUAAAGAGGAACUUCAAGGGGAUAACGUGAAUGAGAACGAAGACAAACUGCGUCAAGCUGAAGAGGAACUUACACGGAUGAAGAUCAACUUCGAAGAAACUGUCAGCAAGAGAGUUGAGGAAAUUUCUGAAGCAAAAGAACUUGAAAAGUCUCAAAUUGAGGAGCAACUUGCAAAGAAAUUGGAAGACGUCAAAAGUCACAAGGAUGAAGUGAUUGCCAAGUUGAAAGACAAAAUACGCGAGAAAAUUGACCUUAACAAGAAAAUAACGGCUGAGUUCAGGCUCAAGUCAGCCAAUGCCCAGAAAGAGAAGGAAGAAGCUUUGCAGGAAAUUCAAUCUCAACUAGAACUUCAGACACAAACAACAGAACAACUCUCGGCUGCCUUGGAUCAGCAAAGAGAAAAUUCCAAAACUAAAGAUGAGGAAGUGGAGAUGCUUAAAAACAAAGUCGUUGAAAUGGAGAAUGAAAGUGGACAGAAAGACCUGAACUGGCAGGAAACACUCUUGGAGCUGCAGAAUCUCAAACUUGAGAUAGAGAAGCGUGAUCAAGAAAAAAUUGAAUUAGAUUCUCGUCUUCAGGCCAGUGUAGGUCAGGAUGAAUUUGAGAAGUCAAUUACAGACAGGAAUAAACUUAUUGCCAACCUUAAAAAAAGGUUGAAGGAAGAACGAACAGCAAAGAAAGAAGAAAUGACUAAAUGGCAGCAUGCUAUUACAGAGAAGGACGCCGAAAUUCAGCAACUAGAGGUAAUGAUAUUUUUAAAAACCUUUCAUAAUUACUUGGAGUGACACAAAUCAACCAAACGAGUUGGUAAUUGAACGCAGACACUAUGUCAACCACCAUGCACGUUAUUUGCAACUCAUAUUUUCAGGGAGCACACAUUGAUCAAAAUUCGCUCUGGUAGAAGGCAGACUCGUAGGCUAUGUACCGUACAUAACCAAGGCUCUGAACACGGAUAAACUGAGAACAAAUCCAGUGGCUAGCAGGGUGAAAGCUUCAAUCCGAGAAAACCAGAUAACCAGUCCAGCGCUGAAACCUCUCAGUCGGGCUGGCACGAUUGUUUGAGACCUUUUUCUUUGACAUGUAAACUUGCUUUCAAACUGAUGGUAACAAUGAAUACUAGUGCAGUAACAUGUACAAAUAGUUAUGUGAUGAGUGUAUGUGUAUGGAGAGUAUAGAUAAAUGCAAAGGAUCAUCGCAGACCCAUUAUUGUUACUUAUGUGAGGAAACUUUCUUUUGCGUUAGUCUUCUCACGCCAAAGCACUUAAGGAUGUGAACAAGAGGCUUGAGGCCGCCCAAGAGCAUAGUAGAAACUUGGAGGAGAGACGAGAAGCGCUGGAAAAUGAAUUGCACAACACUGAGGAUGAGAUGAAUAAUCUCAAAAAGCAAUCAGAAAACACGAAGAACGAAAUGGAAAAGAAGCAGGAGCAGCUUCAGAAAGAGCUUGAUGAACGAGGUUGGUAAAAGUUGUGAGAUUGAUUUACACGAAUUUCAGUUUGCCAUAGCGUAAGAUCCCAUGUGCCUGAUGUAAUUUACUAUCACUGAGAGCUGAUGCACUGAUAUGAACUGCUCAUCACCUUUGGAAGGUUCAUUCAGAAACCUAGUUCCCAUUAGAUAAGUGCCAGCAAUACGUCAUGUAAGCUGUGAUGAAGAAUUUCGAUUUUGACUACCCAAUCUGUUAUUCCUAAUUUAAGGCCAAUAUUAAAUUCCCCCACGGGAAGGAAGAAAUCUCUAAACUUUGCAUCCCUCUCAAAGUGUGGCUUCGUAUGUGGCUGAUGGUGGCGCCAAACUAGUAUCUGGAAGGCACUGGUUCGAAUCCCGUAGAAGCCUGAACUUUGUUUGCCGGGCUUCUUUUCAACACAGUAGUUCGCGGUAGCAUUUCCUUUUUACUCUUCUUACCUAUCGUUUUUCAUUUCUUCCUUCGCUUUUGUAGAAAUUAUGAGUUCAAAGUCUUCAUUUUAUUUUUAAUUCAGUGAAUCUGGAGUUUGGUUUUUUUUUGUCGGUGAAGCCUCAUUUGGUUGAUCGUGAUAGCCUUGUGAAACUACCAGCCAUGAAUUUUUCUGGCGGUAGUGGACCCUAUUUUGUCUGUUCAACCUUUAUUCAACCUCAAUUUUAAACAAAAUUGCAGUGUGCAACGGAAGGUUAUUUCGUUAUGUGGUUAUUUUCAAUAGCGUUUGCCUCUUUCUGAUCUCGUGCCACUCCUUUCCACGUGUUGAAAUAUUUGACUGUUGUGUGAUUAUGAGACAAGUAUUCUAUAAUUUUUAUCUUAAAAUUCGACUUUGCCCUUUGCUUUGAGGCUAUACCUUGAUCGCGACUUUGUCACGUAAAAUAUCGUUUCUUUGAUUUGUAUUGAUUUCAUUCGGACGUUGCUAAGCGAUCUUGGUGUACCAUCGCUUUCCAAUGUGCACCACGCUUUUUGCCAUGAGAUUGUUCGUCGUUCAUUGUAGUGAAAAUUUGAAGUGAGCUCGAUAUCUUGCUUACUCAACUUGAAAACCUACUAGAGAAUAAAUCCUUUAAUUUUCUACGAGGUGAGUUGCUUUAUUUUUGUUUCUGCGCACUUUUGUUUGUCCUCUGCCUGCCUUUCGCUUAGUUGCGAGUUUACAUGUCUUUUUUGACAAUCCUAAUUCUAGUUGGUUGUACGUUAUCUCUACUUGCGAGCCACUCAUACAUGUACCUUAUGACAGUCUUUUGUUUCAGCUUGCACAUCAAACACAGUGAAUAACCUACUUAUCUGACUUGGCCUUCGCCCUUUUAUAAAUAUGAUAUUUGAUUAGUUAAUAGCCGUAGGAAGUACUUUGAUUUCUAAUCGUAACUAUCUGUAUACUAAUGUAAACUACUUGCCGAUUGUUUAGUGAUGAAAUUAACGUCAAUUCUUUAAUUAUUAAUGGUAUUUAAUAAACAUAAUGGAUGCUCUAAGUUCAUGGAGUAAGAUUAUCACUGAAAAAAGACACCAUUCGUACUAAGAUAUUUUUUUAAUGCUUUAAAAGUGAGAAUAUCAUAUUCUUACGGUUUUUCGAAUCUCUGUUACAAUACUGUAAAUUAAAGCUGAAUGUUCGAAAACAAAUCCCGUAGUUUUUGUAACUUAUUAAUAAGUAGUAGCAUAAUUUCUUGUGCAAUUUGGUAUAAACAAGUGCUUGAAAAUUGCAUUCGCCCUACGACUCAGGAAAUUUUGUUGUCUUUGAAGAAUUCACCCGUACUUAUUAACGCUGAAUCGCCCUCGAAAUAAUUUUAUUGCGCAUACUAAUCCUCUGAGCUAAAGUACUUAAUAUCAUCGUUGCUUCAAGGUGUGUCACUUCCUUUCCUUUUUUACUGCUUUCAUAAAGUGGAUUCACUUUUUUACUACAUUUUUAUUUUUUUGUAGACGCAGACUUCACCUCGAGUAUGGAUGCACUCAAUUCUCAAAGAGAUGAGGCUGAGAAACUCAUCGAACAACUUAGAACAGAGGCUAAAGCUCGUGCAGAGGAAAUGGCGAUGUUGAAAGAGGAAGAGGCUAAUCAGCAGCAGGAGAAACAACUCCUUCUGGACGAAGUUCAACAACUUAGCGAGGCUGUUGAACAUCUUAAAGAUAAGGACAUGAAUAUUGCCAAACUGGAACAGGAGCUAGAGGCUGUGGAAGACAUGAAGGUGAAACUCGAACAUCAGCUUAAAGCUGCUGGAGACGAGCUUGUGAAGUUGAAAGAAGUGAACGAACAGCUGCAAAGAGAAGUCGAAACUACCAAAGUCGCGAUAACCGAAGCUCCAACUACAGCUGAAGCCUCGAGCACGUUGUUAGGAGCUGUUGGCACUUCCUUCGAUGAACCUGUUCUCACUGUUGGAGAUGUCGUACCGCCAGAGGAAGUGGAAUCAACUCGUGUAGAGAUUCAAGAGUCCAUUCCGUUAGAGCACUAUCCGGUUCAGACUUCUGCCAGCAAAGGAGAACUUGAAGAAGUUACAAGUCAGCUCUCGGAUAUCCAAGCGGAACUUUCCAAAGUAAAGGCCAUGAAUGAGAAACUUAAAGCAAAACUACGAGUGUACGUGAAAAGGGAGAAGGUGAAGUCCGAAUCGCUCAGCGAAUCAGAUUCAAAUGAGCUUAGAGAAGAAAUUGAAAAAGUUCGCCAAGAGAAACUGAACUUAGAAAAAACGGCUUACGAAGUACGAGAAGAAAUAGACGUAAUCAUGCGCCACAAAGAUGCUGUCAUUGGAGAUUUAAAAGCAAAGGUUCAGCAGCUUUUAGAUGAGCAAAGGCGACAGGAAAACCUUAAGGAGAAACUGGAGAAACUCGUAGCACAACGAGAUGAUGAGAUACAGGAGCUGAAAAAUCGUCAUCAAACCCUCUGCGGAGAGAGAGAUACCAAUAUACUAACUCUUGAGAAAUCCCUCGAGCAAGAAAAGCUUACGUAUGUGCGGGAACUUGAGCACUGUAAAGACGAAUAUGAACGAGUUCUUAGUAAAAAAGAUGCUGAAGUGGAAAUUCUGCAGCGAGACAUCACCAAUGCCAGGGAGGAAAUAGAGCUGCUUACGGGCCAGCUUAACGAAGCAAAUCAGUCUUUGGAAGAACUGACUAAGCUCAAAGUCGACUUUGAUCACAUUGUGUCUGGCCUUCGUGAAGAUCUUCAACAGGCAUUAGAUGAAAAAGCAGCCGCUGAUCAAAUUGCGCACGAGUUCCAAGUCCAGCUUAGAAGAAGCGAAUCCUCAACAGAUCAGAGUGGUGUUGGGGUGAGGGAUGCUGCCAUUGAAACCCCAGGGGCGGAGAGGUCAUACGAAGAUAUCCAGCUCAAAGCUGCUCAAGAAGAACUAUUAAAGUUAAAGGAAGCUCUGGAGUUAUUGCAUAAAGAAAAAGAGGAACUUUAUAAAAGUUUAGAUGCUGGCAAACAAGGUAACGAUGAGACAAAAACUAAUGAACUUGAGGUGGAUACCAAGGACGGAGUGGAGGAGAUGGAAGGAGAGUUGUCCGGCCUGUCAAAUGACGUUGUUUGGUUGCAAAAUGAAUUGAAAAAAGCUUCUGUGCUCAAUAAAAGCUUAGAUGACAAACUGAAGGCGUUGUCAAAAAGGAAAAGAACCAGAUCAGAUCCAAGAGAAGAAGACAGUGAAGUGAGAGCCGAACUUGAAAGGACUCGAGCUGCUAAACUCGAGAGCGAAAGAAAGGAGCAAGAGCUUCGAGAGGAGCUUGAUGACUUUGUCAAAGAGAAAGAUACCAUUGUUGCUUCUCUCAGAUCAAAAUUGGAGGUUGCUUUGCAGGAAAACGAAGCAGCUAUCAAUGAAAUCCGAGACUAUGAAAAACGGUUGUUAGAAAAAGAUUCCAGAGUCCGCGAUUUGACCGAACAAAUUGAACCUCUGCUUCUAGACAACGAGGAACUGAAUAAAACGAUGGAGGAGCUUACUAGAUUAAAUUCCGAACUACGGUCUUCAGUAGACUUUGCAGCAGACGCAAAGCUGGAGUUGGAGAGUAAGCAGUUGCUUCUUACCGAAAGAAACCAAAGAAUCUCAGAACUUGAGACUCAUUUGGAACGCACUGAGCAAGAGCAUCAAGAAUUUAUUGAAGAAAUUAAGAGGCAACACGAAGAUCUCUUGUCUGAGAAAGAAAGACAAUCGGAACAAUUAAUCACGGAACUAAGAGAGAAAAACAAUGAACUGGAGGAAAAUAUUCACAUGGUCACAGAACAAAAAGAUGAUAUCGAAAAAGAAUUGUUGAACACUAAAUCUGAGUUAGAGCAGGUUGUUCAAGACUCUUUUCCCGUUAUUGAAGAGAAAGAUCGUCAGAUUAACGAGCUCCAAGUUGUAAUGGAUGAAAAGCAGACAAAAACCGACGAAAGUAUUUUCCAGUUGCAAGCUAAUGAGAAGGCGCUGCAAGAACGAAUUCAAGUGCUUGAUGCCCGUAACAACGAAAUCAAAGAUAAUCUGCGACAAGUUCAGUCGGAGCUUGAGAAACGACUGCAGGAGGGGGAAGGACUAGAAGAGGAACUUAUGCAGGCACACUCCCAGAUUGACCAACUAAACGCUAAACUGUCUGUUGCUGACCAAGAAAAACAGGAUAUAAACAGGCUGCAAAGCAACUUCGACCACAUAAUUUCAGGACUUCGUGAGGAUCUUCAGCAUGCUCUUGAUGGGAGAGCAGCAGCAGAUGAAAUAGCUCACGAGUUCCAGGUUCAGUUAGAAAAUUUGAAGAAGUCGUCGCCGGUAGUUUCUGCUGAUAGUAACCUUCUGACGCAAGAAAACAACAAAAAUGCCGAGAUGCUUGAGGCAACACGGCGUGAGGUUUCCGACUUAAGAGCUACUCUCGACAUAACGAGCAAAGAAAGAGAUGACUUGCAAGAUAAGAUCAGAGAGUUCUCCAUCCAAGAGACAAAUAUCAAAGAACCUCUUUCGAGCAGUGAAGUAAACUGGAAGCUUUCUGAAAAGGAAGGCCGCGAAAAGGCAGUGGAAGAAGUGAUUUUGCAGUCUUCGGUUGAUAACCAAGUCACCACCACUUCAAAUAGUGAGAUCGAAAUAGAACUGGAAAACCUGAGGAAUGAAAUGAAGAAGAUCAAAGGAGUUAACGACAAGUUGAAGGCGAAGCUUAGAACCCUGCUGAAAAAGGAAAAAGCAAAGACCGAUUCUAGAGAUGAAGAAACCAGUUCGCGUGAUGAUUUACAAGCCGAGCUUGAACAGGUCCGUCAAGAGAAGCUUGAAAGCGAAAAGGCAUGUCAAGAACUACGAAUUGAAUUGGAUUCAUUUGUAAGACAAAAGGAGAGCAUCGUCAACGAGUUGAAAAAUAAGAUCGAACAGCUGGUAGCGGACAGAGGGAAGAGCAAUGGUUUGAUUGAACAGUAUGAGAAUAGAAUUGUGGCGAAAGAUGGCGACCUGCAAGAGAUGAGAGAUAACAUUGGACACCUUCAAAGUCAUAACGACGAAGCUUGGAGGAGAGUUCAGCAACUGAAGGAAGAAAAUGACAACUUGUACGUUCAACAACAAGAUGUAAUCUCACAGAAAACUGAGAUCGAAGAUGAUUGCAAUGAUUUGAAGCGGGAGCUCGAACGAGUGGCUGAAAACCUGACAAGGAAGGAAAGUGUGAUUACAACGCUUGAGAAUCGCCUUCAGGACACAACAGAAAAUUACAAAACAGAACUAGAGGCUACAAGGGUCCAGCAUGACGGAGUAAUUUUUGAAAUACAGAGUCAUGCUGAUAGACUAGAACGAGAACUUUUGUCCGCCAACAAAGAGCUGGAGCAAUUAAAAGGCGAGGUAGGAGAAUUAAAGAGAGAAAGAGAAGAUAUAGCUAUACUCAAAGCUAACUUUGAUCAUAUAGUGUCAGGGCUUCACGAGGAUCUCCAACGUGCUCUGGAAGAAAAAGGGGCAGCUGAUCAAAUAGCGCAUGAAUUUCAGGUUCAACUGAAACGACUGCAGAAAGAAUUAGAAAAGUCUGAAACGAGUCAUGGAGAUGUGGCUGUGGAGGCGACGGACACAGAGGCAAUAAACAUGCACGAAAGGCUAGAGAAUGCUCAGUCAGAGGUCUUCAACCUCAGGGACGUUUUGCAGUCUGUUAACAGUGAAAAGUUGGAUUUAGAAGAUAGAUUAAGACGUCUUGAGGCCACGCUACAAGUAAGGGAAACACCAAAAGAUGAAAUAGAAAGAGGGGAAAAGGACGGUGAUCAGGAAGAGAUUGUUUCCAGGGUUGUUAUCCAGACUCUAGAGAACGAGCCAAUUCAGUCCGCAGUGUGUGAGACACAACCCUUGUUAACUUCACCCCCUUCGCAGACUGUCGCCUCUGACCCUAACGAUGUUCAAAAAGUUAAGGAUGAGUUGUCUAAGGCGAAUUCUGAACUGGAGACGGUCAAGUCGGUCAACGAACGUUUGAAGGCUAAGGUUAGAGCGAUGACAAGAAAAAACAAAGAGAAAGAAGGCAAACCAAAAACGGGUGAUGUGGGAAGCAGCGAAGAACUCAUAGCCGAGCUGAGCAAAGUACGUCAAGAAAAAUUAGAGUGUGAAAGGGCAGCUCAGGAAUUAAGAAUCGAGUUGGACACUUUUGUUAGAGAAAAGGAAGGAAUUGUUGAAGAGCUCAAAGCGAGAGUACAAAAGUUACUAUCAGAGAAGGAAGAGACCAGUAGCCUGGUGGAGUAUUAUGAAAAACGUAUAUUGGAGAGAGAUGCUGAGAUUUCUACUCUCGGGGAGCAGUUUCAGUCUUUGGAGGAGGAAAGACAGGAAAUCGACCAAAAAUUUUCCGAAAACAGAGCAGAAAAUCAGAAUGUAAAAGCAGUUUUAGAGCAAGUUCAAUUGCAAAAGGUAAAAGCCGAAAAAGAACUGCAACAGGCUAAGCUGCAACUGGAGCAUCUUCUUCAAGAACAACAGCCUUUGCUUGAUGCGAAAGACCAGCAAAUUGCAGAUCUCGAAGCCAAGUUGUUUAACCAGAAAGGUCUGAAUACAGAAGAAAAGAGUCAGUUGAAAGAUCGUUACGACACUGUCAUAGCUGAACAACAAAACCAUUUGAACAACUUAGAGGAAGCACUUACCUCAGCCUACGCUCAAACUGAACACUUGAAAACACAGGUACAAGAGCUGGAGCGAGAACAAGAAGAUAUAAAUAAGCUAAGAGCAGACUUUAGUCACAUCGUGUCAGGUCUUAGUGAGGAUUUGCAGCGGGCUUUACAAGGCAAAGUAACGGCUGAUGAGAUCGCGUCUGAAUUCCAGCUAAAACUAAAGCAACUCGACAAGUCUUCAGUGUUGUCAGAGAGAUAUGUCAGAGAUGCUGGCGUGGGUACAAGAGAAAUGGAUCUCCAAUCGUCUGAGAAAGAUAGUGGGAAAUUACAGGAAAUCAUCGAACACCUUAAAGAGGAAAAGGAAGAGUUAGACGACAGAAUUAUGGGACUUGACGAAGUUUUGCAGGACAGAGAAGGUGAACAUCAAUUCUGCGAUAUUUUAUUUUCAAUUUGGAUAAAUCAGGCUGUUCUACUUAAAGCUACCGUCUCGAUGUUAGGUUAAGCCACUUGUCUAGAAAGAGACCUAUCUAUCCUAUAUAAAUUGGUGAAUUUUCAGAGGUAGUGAGGCCUCAUUUGUCUUAAAAUUAGGGAUUAAAUAAAGAAUGAUCAGCACAAAUACGUGAGAGUGAUCACGUGGUCGAAUUAUCUCAUGCGGAAACGCGUCUUGUGUUCUAAUACUUUUGAAGGAUUCUUAUUGUAAGCCGUACACGUGCGAGCUUUGUAAUGGUGUAGGCGAUUCUUGUAGGUACUGUCACGUUGACUGAGAAACCUGUUAAAUAAUUUAAAUUACUUUCCAGUAGUUUCCGCUCAGUAAACACCUUUUAAUUAUUCAACAGUAAUCAUUGUGUCGUCAUUUUGUAGUGUCAUUGUCAGACAAACCUAGGAAACCUUGCUGUGUUCUUCUUUCAUUUAGCGAAUACUGAAAUGUUUAUUUGCUUGGGUUCAGAACAGAAGACAUCAGAUAUAGAAAAUGGCUUCGGUGAACAAUUUAACGGUAAUUUACAGUCCUAUAUUGUUUUUGGUGUUUUGUACAGGAGAGCUGGAAGAAAAAGAGAAACAAAUUCAAGAACUGCAGCUCCAAAUUGAAAAGUUAACGACCGACCUUGCGAACGCUGCCGAGAAAUUUAACAGAGACGUUAACCAAGUUGUUGUUCGAGAAGAAGCAAUGAGGCGGGAACUACAAAAUAACCUCGACGCCAAAACCGAAGAUUUUGAAAACCUUCGAGAGCAGUUUACGGCCUUGAAGGAGGAUAAUGCAAAAGAGGUUCGUGUACUAGAUUGUAAUGUCUAUUAGUAACGAUUGCUGGGGGAAAUAACACUGUCCUUUGAGCUAUGUUUUUAUUUUUAUGUUGCAGAAGGAACAGCUACAAGGCGAACUCGCUGAAAAGCGUCAAAUCAUAGACAAACUUAACGAAGAUCUAAGUCAGUUUAGAAAUGGAGUGCAGAAUAAGUCUGACGAAGAAAAGUUAUACGAGGAGCUCCAAGCCAACUAUGAAUUACUGGAAAAUGGUAACAACAAACUUCGCCAAGACUUGUACAUGACAAUGAAAGGGAAGGAGAAUUUACGAGUGAAAUUGAAAAAGGACUAUGAUCAAAUCCUAUCGUCCUUAAAGCUGGACCUUGAGCAGAGUCGGCAGCAAAAUCUCGAAAAAGAGAGAUUUAUUCACAACCAAAGAGUAGAAGUCGAGACUCUAGUUAAAGACAAAGAAUUACUAGUUGCCAAACUCAGAGACACCUCUGUUGUGACGGAAGAAAACGUUCAGAGGUCUGGGGACGAUCUUACCGAUGGGGAUGACAUUGUGGGUGAGUUGAAGAACGAGAUAAACUGGCUCAGAAAGGAAUGUCAGGACUGUAGAAUGGAAAAAGACAAAUUGUAUACGAAGUUUCAUGAAGUGACGGAGGCUCUUAGAGGAGAACUUGAGAAGUCUCUAGGCGAGAAAGAAAACCUAACUCAAAAAACUGAAGAAACUCUUCAUCAAAAUAGAGAUCUUCAACAGUCGUUAAUUGAAAAGCAGUCGGCGCUUACCAAAGCUAAAAUCCAGUUUGAACACAUUGGAAAAGGCUGGCGAAAUGAUCUCGAUGCUGCAAGAGCGGAGAAAGAGGAGGCUUUGAGACAGCUUGGAGAACUUAGAAACCAGGUAAGUCUGAACACUAAUUGAUCGAUAUGCGCUAGAAGAAAAACAUUGUGGCCAAACUGUAGAUACGUCAGAACGCACUUAAACUAAUGAGCGGUAAACCGAGAUCCCAUGGGGCAUUUAAGUGCCAGGCGUAUGCACGUCCCAUCUUCAGUGUCGGGGGAAUUGCGGCCUGGAGACGGCUGAUAAUGAAGACCAGGAAGCCAUGAUCUUGAUAUAUUGAAUACGGAGGGGGGGAGGGGGGGUGGGGGAGAGAAUGCCUGCUUGAGCGACAGAAGAUUCAAAAAAUGAAUAAUGUGACGGGGAGAAUGAAAAAUACAGGAAGAGGUUAAGGGAGGCAAAGAAGGGGAAAGGAUUGUGGGAGAAGGGAAGAUGUGGAAUGAGACAAAGUUGAAACGAAGAUUUUAUCACAAGUUAAAGUAAAAGCGCGCAACUGUUGAAGUCCAUUCGCUUAGUUUAAUAUUCCCUCUUAAUUUGAAAUAAUUGGUCGUCGGUUACUUUUUAACUAGUCAAUUUUUCUAUUGACUUUUAGUCAAAGCCAGUCUGUUCAAGAGAUUUUAAAGUGGGGUAAAAUGCGCAACAAUGAUAACAUUCAAGGCAAACGUCCGCCUUUUAACACAAGUGUUGACCAUUUGAAAUGUUGGAUUUUAUGAAUUCACCCCCUUUUUUUCAGAAUGUGACUAUCGAUAUGCCUGUUGACGAGGAAGGAGCUUUGGAAACCAUAGAGCAACUCAGAGAUCGGUACGACACGCUUCUCCUCGUCUGCUUUGAGCAGUGGCAAAUGUUUCCUUUGACUAGUUUCAUUGUUCAAACAUUUACAUGAAUUCUUGCUAAUAUACUCAUCAUCUUUGCUAUCAACUUUGCUAAGGAAAAUUGACUGUAAUUAUGACUUAAAACGUCAGUGUGAACUCAUUGUUAAGGCUAUGUUUUGUUUAUCUUUGUGCAGGUUACAAGAGAUGGAAGAGUUAUACGAAGCUAAAUGUCGCGAAGGAGAGGUAAGAAAGCUUUUUCUUUCGGGCUUGUCGUGGAGAUCAGGUGUCGUGUUUAUUGCUAUAGUUUCAUAUCAUGGAUCAUGCUCUGUUUUCCCAUUCUCUAUUACAUUUCCUUGUUCUUGUUUCAAGGUUUCCCUGCAAAUCGAAGAAGUUGGAAGCCCUUCAAAGGAAUCUCUUACAAAACACCAUUACCCUUCACCAUAUGUCAGUAAGUGGCUCUGUGCGUGCGUUUAUAAUCAUCGUAGAAAGCCAACCUUGAUUCUGCCUGGCUUCAAAAUUCUAACUCCUGGAAUUAGUCAAGGUCGCUCUCCACUUAAAAGUUCAUCGUUUCUUGACUAACGAGAGUAUUUUCUGUGGCUUGAUUUACAGGUCGCCAAUCCCGCUCUUUUACAAGCCAAUUAGGACGCUAUUUUAAACGAGGGUAUGUACUCUGGGUCAUGAUUCACCCACGUGUUUUUGCCUUUUAAUGUAAUUGAUAUAGGGGUGGCAACACCUACUUAUUUGAAGGUCUUGAGUCUAACAAAUUUGCCGAAGUUUUUACAUCCAACUGUGUUGAGUUAGGAACUUUCCGGCAGCCACUUAUUAUUGGCCUACGUGAUAUUUGAAUUCAGAAAACGAAAGGAAGGAAAAAAGACAUGAACUAAACCACGAAUUUGAUAACUCAAUUUACCAAAGUUUUUAGAUCCAAUUGCGUUGAUUUCGAAACUUUCCGGUUGCCACUUACACGUUAAGACAUGAACUACACGAAACGAAAAGUUAUUUUUGUUUCAUAUGCAGAUCUUCUCUCUCCUUGGGCAGGCCCCGUGGAUUCCGAAAGGCAGCCCUUGCUUUGUACUUAGUUUCUCUCCAUCUGUUAGCUUUUUUGUAUAUAUUUCAACUAUUAUUUUAAGAUUUACUGUGUAUAUUGUGAGGAGUAGUAAUAAAAUUUUAAGGAUCGGAAUUCAACCUCACGUCAGACAAAUAGGUGUGUAGUAACGUUUUAGCUCACGGAUUAAAGUAGUAUCGGAAACAUGCAACUUAAUAGUUAAGACGCCAACUUUGAACUUUGGUGUAAGCAGACCUGCAAUGGGGGUAAAACCGCGAUUAGGUAGUUGCAGAUAGAUGUUCAGCUCACAAACAGACGUAGUAAAUUAUCUUUCGCGUUUUAGAUUAAUUAUUUUUAAGCUGACGCUGUUUCAUUUACUGAAGAGCUUGAAAAGCUCGCAAUACGUCAUCAUCGUCAUCAUCAUCGCAAUUAUCGUCGUCAUCGUCAUUACCAUUAUCAUCAGAUUAGACAUAAUGAAGUUUUAGUCCAGGAUGAUUGGGUUGAUACAUUAGUUAAUGAAAGAAAUAAAAGAAAUCGUCGUUAUUGAUAUAAUUUUAUUUGGCUUCAUGGCCGACGUGAAAUGUCCCUGUUAAGACUGCUGGUACAAAGAUUACGUAUUCGAGUCAAAAUAACAAAUUAUCACAACUCCAAAUAAGAAGGGAAUUUGAUUUUUUAUGAGGAUAAAAUUAAUGUAAGCAUUUAAUGUCUGGAAUAAAAUAGCUCAAGUUAACAUGAGGGUGUGAUGGUGAAGAUGAGCUUAUACACUUAUGGGUCG